CAAUGCAGCGUGCCUCUCCAAAGCACCCAUGCUUCUGUUUUUGUUAUUGUUGUGAGAUGUUCGUGGCACAGCUCAUCUCGGCGAAUGUGUCGGUGUAAAUUACACUUGUCAUCAGUCUCAUACAUGUUUUCUCCUAUAUGACCGAACAUCGUUUUUCAAGAGGACAUUGUUCUGAUUAUCUAAUCUAAAUUGGGUGCAUCACUAUUCUGUUGACAUGGAGAAGACAUGCGGGGUGGAGUUUCGCAAUGUCGGAAGUUGCUACUUCCCUCAGAGCAGAGUGGACUGCCACUACACCAUCAACUCACAGCACACAUGGGCCAGUAAUGACUGGAUUGGACUAUUUAAAGUUGGCUGGUCAUCAAUCAAGGACUACCAUACGUUUGUGUGGGCAGUAGCACCAUCCAACUACAAAGAGGGGACCUCCGUGAACUGCUGCGUUAAUUUCCAAGCGUCCUACCUACCAGGGCCUAGUACUCAGCAGUACCAGUUUGUGUAUGUGGAUGGAAGGGGAGAGGCUUGUUCUCGCAGCACUGCCUUUACCUUCUCAGCCCCAAAGCCCAUGGAGGAGCUGAUGACUCUGGAGGAGGAGGGCCAAGGAGAGGAAGUGGGCGAAGACAUGUUGCUGGUCAUCCCCAGAGCCCAGCUACUGCAGAGACGUCUGCAGGAGUGUUUGAAGGAGCGUGCUGAGCUGCUCCAGGCUCUUGAAGCAGCAGACCAGAACGUGGAGCGGGAGAAAGGCAGGAGAGAGAGAGACAGAAGCUCCUGGGAGCAGAGCCGCAAGGAGCUGGAAAGGAAGAUCGGCGAGCUGAAGGAGGAAGUGAGAGAAUAUAUAGAGAAAGUAGAGGAGAUGAAGAAGAAGCAGAAGGAAGUUGAGGAUUUAGGUGAGGCCCUGACAGAGGAGAAGAGAGCCCUGCUAACUCAAAAAGAAGCUAAUGAGCAGCGAAUCAGAGAGCUAGAAGAGGACAUUAAAGUACUGACCCAGAGAGGACUGGAGAGAGAGACUGACCUAGAAAGGAUGAGGGAACGGGCCAAGAAAGCAUCAACUCAGAAGAAGGAAGAUGAAGAUGAACACGAGAACCUGAAGUUAAAGAUGGAACAGACAGAGAAAGAGCUGCACAGUCUUUCAUCAGAGUUUCAGAGUCUGAGAAGUUCACUGGCCCAGAGAGAUACACAUGCUCUACAGCUCCGAGACACCAUCACCACCCUCACACACAAACUCAACAGCGCUCACAGGAAGGAGGCAGCCAAUGAAGUGGCAUUGAGUGAACUCCGGAGUGUUCAAGAUCGCCUGAAUGUGAGUGAACGCUGUGUGGAGACUCUGAGGGGGGAGCUGAGAGACAUGGUUGCUCAGAGGGACACCACACACGCCGAGCUCCAUCAGGCCCGUCUGCAGGCCGCACAGCUCACACUUCAGCUGGCCGAUGCAAGCCUGUCUCUGAGAGAGGGCAGAGCCAACUGGGCACAGGAGAGAGAGACCCUGCAGCAGAACACUGAGAUGGACAAAGUCCGCCUGGAACGCCUUAAUGACGAGAUCCAGCAAAAGGAGGAGAUGUUGCAAGAGGCGAGGAUGGAGAGAGAAAAAGCAGUAGUGGAGCUGGGACGAGAGAAAGACUGCAAUCGGGUUCAGUUAAGCGAGACUCGUCGUGAGCUGCAGGAGCUGAAGGCCAGUCUCAGAGUGGCUCAGAAAGAGAAGGAGCAGCUGCAGACAGAAAUACAGGAAGUGAUGGAGUACAGCCGUCAGCUGGAGAGAAGGCUGGAGGUGCUGAGCGAUUCUAAAUGGAGUGAGACGGCCCUGCUGCAGAGCAGUCAAGCAGAAAGCCCACUGCUGUCAGAUUCUGAGGAUGAGAACCCCGAGGCCUUGCAGGACGCACACUCUUCUGGGCCUCUGAAACACUACAGUCUGUGCGAGCAGCCCCAGGCCGACCUGCUGCUCCCGGCCACCCCGCCACCCUCUCCCAGACACCCCUCCAGCAUGAACAUGGUGGUCAUCAGCCAACCUGCACCCCUCUCAUCUCCACACCAGCCCAGUGCUCACACACACACUCACAGCUCUGAGUCGGAGGAGGAGUAUGAGGCUGCUUUGUCAGGAGGACACAGCUCUGGAGAGGAGACAGCUCUUCUCCUGCCUGACAACAGAGACGCUACCCUCGGAGAUCUGGCAGAGAGUCCCCUGUGGUGAGAAGCAGAACUGCAGGACCGGAGGGCCAGUGCAGCGUGGAUGGCUUUGCACUAGUGCAACAUGUGUUACGAGUUUUGUAUUUAGAAGCAUUUGCGCUUUACAUUAUAUUGACAUGAGUAUUUAAAUAUGCAAUUUGCUUUACACUUUAUAUGCACUUAGAAUAUGCAUAAGCAAUUAGACCUCUCUAUGUCGCACGCAGUUUUACGGUAACUUGCACGGACGUGUUUUACACAUAUCAACUGACAAGCAGAAAGUGUCUGUAACGAGUAGAUCAAGGGAAAGGUUGUAUUUAAGGCAGAGGAAAUAAUGUGUGUGUUUCUGUGUGUGUUAGGGUUGUUUAUUUCAGUCUUGAUUUUCUUGUGUUUUAUCUGAGUUCUGUCAUAAGGCUUGUAUGGAUUUAACAAUUAUCAUUAAUCUGCAUCGGCAAUAAUGUAAAGCACAAUGUCAUCAAAAUCUUUUCAGAUUUUAAAUGUAAGAUUUAGUUCGGGUGCUCUUCAUUUUGUGGGUCUUGUGGUAGAAGUAUUUUGAAAUUUUGUUUGUUUGAAGAAAGACUGUGUGAAAGUUCACACAUACAAUGAUUAUGUGUAAUGGGCUACACCAGCGACUGACCCUUCUGUUUAGAUGUAAGAGUAAAGAGUGGCACUUUUGAUUCCUUUCAGGGAGUUUACUGUCAUCCUCGUGUAAAAUUCAUAUGUGCAAGAUCUUCUUUGAAGGAAAAAUCCACUUGAGCAUGGAAACUGGGGGUAUUAGGAACAAUUAGUUAUUAUAAUGAAUUUAUUACAUUUAAUCCCUCAAAAUUUAUAUUUGGUGCUUCAUCUUAGUUUCCUGCAUUGUAUUGAAACACUAUUUUACAUUAAGGAUGAAAUUACUAUUUGUAUGCAAAAUGUACUUAAACAGCUUAACUACUUAAUGUUCCUCUUUGGGUUGGAGAUACAUUAGAAAAUUUUUACAGUACUGUAAGAAGUUUUUUUUAUAUUUUAAGGUAUGAAUUGAACUGCUUUAAAU